AUGAGAGGCAGAAUACCCAGUACACUUGCACAAAAUAAUGCUCAUCCCAGCUUGAACCAACAGAACAGCACCAGCACCAGUAAGACAAAAGCUAAGCAUUUGGAAUUUAAAUAUCUUUACUUUAAGAUUCAAAAACUAAUACAUAAGAGGGUUGUAUUGAGCUUGAAAUAUGAACAGUUGAAAUCACCAGGGGUUCAUUCAACUUUAAUGAAGCCAUUGGCCUCGAAGAUUGUGGAGAUAGCUUCAAUUAGUAAUUUAUCAAAGAAAAUUAAUAGGGUAAUUAAUUCUUUGCCUACGGUAUCACCCUAUCAGACACCGAGGUUUGGCCCGCAAACAAAUGCAAACUACAAUCAUGAUGUUAACGGAGAUCUGAAAUUGUCAAUUAAUUUGGUUUGUAUACUAUUGCUAUUAAGAUUUGAAUUUACUAUCCAGGCAGAGAAUAAUUUAAUUAAAUACGAUAUAUUGAAUACUAAAGCAACAAUAUGUGAAAUACUAGCAAUUAAAAUGUUGAGAGAAUAUAAGGCAUAUGAUCGUAUCAAUUUAUUAUUCACAAAUCCUAUGCGGGAUGAUCAUUUCCAGAACAAAUUUCCUUCCCGGAUAUCAUCGUACAACACGCUCGAAUUAGCAGUAUUAUCAAAGUCUAAAAAGUUUCUUUCUCAACCUGUGAUUGAGCAAAUAUUGGAUAGAUUUUAUGACGGAGAAUUAAUUGUCAAGAGAAACAAUGAUCUCAUUAACGAGUCGAUCGUUCAAUCUUUGUUAGAUGUAAAUUCAAUGUUUAAGAACUUAGAAGAGCAAACAUCAUUGUUAAACGACAAAAGUGACAAUGCUGUUAUAAACUAUACAUUCAAAAAACUAUCCUUGCAUAAAAUAACUACAAGAGCAAACAUAGUUCCGAAAUAUCAAUCACUUGUAAUGAAUAUGAAGUUGAUCUUUUUUGCCGCAUUGCAUUUCAUAUUAAUUUUGAAACAAAAGCAUACAAAAUGGUAUACUGAUCCCAGUAACACCUUUAUGAAAAUAACUGAACUUUUAUAUUGGUUAUUAGCUUUUAAUUUCAAUUUUGAGCUCUUCAUCAAACUCAGGAAUAUUAAUUUCAAAUUCCUAAGAAAAAUAAUAUGGACCUAUGCUGACUUGAUUCUAAUUUUAUUAAUUGAUUCUGCUUUUUUCUUACGAAUUUUUUCGCUUUUAAAUAAAGUGGGCACUGAAGAUUAUCAUGAUGCGUUUAGUUUGAUUUCAAUAGUCUUAUUGCCUAGAAUUUUAUCGGUAUUCAACAAUUACGAAUUUUUUAAUAUGAUCACACAAUCUUUAAAGAAAAUGCUUUGGAAGCUAAUUGGUUUAUUUUUUCUAUUUAUAUCAUUGAUUAGUGGCUUUUACUUGACGUUUAUCUCAUUAGCAAUUGAUCGUAAUAGCUACGAGAUUGCAUUUGAUAUGUUAAAGGUUUUUUUUGGGUUCACACCUGCUGUUUGGAGUAAUUGGGACAGCUAUAAUAAUUUAGGUCGAGCAAUUCAAAUGGGAUAUUUGUUUCUAAGUCAAUUCAUUAUAGCCACCAUUUUAGCUAUUGUACUAAGCCAGGUAUUUUCCAAAGUAUCUCUAUCUAACAAGGAAGAGUUUGCAUAUUUCAAAUCUACCAAUCUAGUGGUUUAUUUUCAAACUUCAGACAUAUUUUAUGAAAAUGGGUUUUACGGCAAGAGCAACAGAUUCACAACUGUCGGUAUCUUGUACAUGUUUAUGAACUUAUUCAAGUUCCCAAUUAUAUUAAUCAUCUUUAUUUAUGAAUUAAUUGUCGCAAAUAUCAAUUCAAAGAAAGGGCAUAAUAAUUUAAAGCAGUUUACAUUUUUAAAUAAGGAGCAAGAUUAUUAUCAGGAUCAAGAUUUGGUUAAUAUGGAUUCAAUUGAUGAUGACACUGAUGUAAGCUUAAUGUUAGUGAAGACUAGGAAUAAUUCAAUGUUCCAAGCCGUACCAGGUAGAAAGAUCAGUUCCGUCGAUAAUGUGAACCACGCAACUUCUCAUUUAUUUAACAAUCUUGCACCCACUAAGUCCAUAGGCAACCUUAGAAGUGCAUCGACAGACUCAUUUAUCAUCGAUGAGAUACUCUCGAAAAAAUACGGCGGCACUGGUAAUCUUAUUGCCCAAACGCCGGUCCAUCAGGGCUUGGAACUUGUCAAGGCCAGUAAUAACGAGAUGAGUACCAAAUUAUCGGCAUCACAACAAUCCAAAUGGCUCACUGACCGAAGGUCGUUAAUGAGCAUGAACAACCCUACUUCGAAUGCCAACUUUAAGGCCACCUCAGGUAAGAAGAUCAAGAAAAGAAAGAAGAACGUUAACAAUGAAAUAAUGACCAAACUUAAUAAGCUUGAAACUUUAGUAGACAUGCUUGUAAACCAGCAGCAUGAUCAGGAUGAAACCGUACAUGCAUUUCCUCAACAAUUGUACGACGAUCAAAGCAUAAUUCAAGAAGUAGAAGAGAAUGACUCCAGUUCAGUCAUCAGAGGGGAUACUCAAGACACUAAUUUCGGAGAAAUCUACAGAAUCAACGAAGUGUCUCUCGACGAUAUGGAUCUGAUCAACAUGUCUCACGAAGAGGCAGAUGCAGGUGAAGAUGACGAAGUGGAUACCUCAACCGAAGUAGAAUCUGAUGAUACAUAUUGA